ACAGCUCUCUAUCUAUUCUCUCGGAAUAGGACGGAGGAGGAGAGGCUAUAUUCGGGAGAAGGGCCGGGCCGCCAUUAUUGGGAAGCUGAAAAAAAUACACUUACACACGGUCAUACAUUUGGGCAGUCUGUGAAGCGAUACUCGUAGGAAACACAACAUUUAGGGUUGUAAUUAUCAAUUGAGCACUGCGCAUCAACUAACACCGCAUAUAAUGUGUACGCGUAUGGGCAUAUCUGUAUAUUGGACACAACAAAGGAAAUAACAAUUGGUCAAAACAACGUGGUGAACCAAGAGGAAAACACAACGAAUCAAGUCUUUUCAACGCCCCUCUUUCCUAACGCGAACAUCCAGGGACAAGAAAUUGAAGUUCUACUACAUUUUCCGAGAUAAUUUAGGUGUUUUGUGUCCAAAGGCAAGAAGAGGAACUCCACAUGCAGAUGGUACCGAAAAGUUAAUAGGCUACUUGUGAAAAUGGAGUCUUGAUUUCAGGGUAAAAAAUAUACCAAGUGUUCAAAAGGGGAAUAUAGAUAUUUAUGUGACUGUUCGAGGAGUAGAAUUUCCUCUUUGUUAAAUUCUCGAGGCGUUGGGAGUGCUGUUUUUGCGAGUUGCGAAGGAGAACAUUGGAGAGAAAGGAGUGGACGAGAGAAGAGGGAGGAAUGCUAUGGGUCAGACCCAAGGCCAGUAAGAAUCUUUGCAUGGAAAGACCGCCCGGCAGCCUCCUCCCUAGAGCUUGUGGGCAUGGCAGGAUGAGUGUCUGCGUUCGAUGAUGAUGGCAAAAAAGCAAGAUGUGAAGGCGCCCACCUACAACCUGGUCGUGGUGGGCCUGUCCGGCACAGAGAAAGAGAAGGGGCAGUGUGGUGUGGGCAAGUCCUGCCUGUGCAACCGCUUCGUCCGUCCCAGCGCAGACGACUUUUACCUGGACCACACCUCCGUGCUAAGCACCAGCGACUUCGGGGGACGUGUGGUGAAUAAUGACCACUUCCUGUUCUGGGGGGAAACGGGGCGGGUGCUGGAGGAGGGGCCGGAGUGCAGGAUGCAUGUGGUGGAGCAGACAGAGUUCAUUGAUGACCAAACGUUCCAGCCACACCGUUCCACAGCCCUCCAGCCCUACAUCAAGAGGGCUGCUUCCAACAAGCUGGCCUCUGCAGARAAGYUGAUGUACUUCUGCACRGACCAGCUAGGGCUGGAGCAGGACUUUGAGCAGAAGCAGAUGCCAGAGGGGAAGCUGAUGGUGGAUGGUUUCCUCCUCUGUGUGGACGUCAGCAGGGGCAUGAACCGCAGCUUUGACGACCAGAUGAAGUUCAUCACUAAUCUCUACAACCAGCUAGCCAAGAACAAGAAGCCAGUGGUUCUGGUGCUCACCAAGUGCGAYGAGGGGGUGGARCGCUACAUCAAGGACUCKCACACCUUCGCCYUGGCCAAGAAGAACCUCCAGGUGGUGGAGACRUCAGCACGYUCYAACRUCAAUGUAGACCUGGCCUUCCUYACYCUGGUGCAGCUGAUAGACAAGGGCCGGGGCAAACCCAAGAUCAUCCCCUACUUUGAGGCCCUGAAGCAGCAGAGCCAGCAGAUUGCCUCGGCUAAAGACCGCUAUGAGUGGCUGGUCAGCCGCAUCGUGAAGAACCACAAUGAGACRUGGCCCAACAUMAACCRGCGCAUGCAGACCUCYSCAGAGUACAAGGAGUAUGUCUUCCUGGAGGGCACGGCYAAAGCCAAGAAGCUCUUCCAGCAGCACGUCCACAGGCUCAAACAGGAACACAUUGAGCGAAGGAGAAGGGUCUAUCUCAGCACCCUGCCUCAGGCACUGGKUUCCCUAGUCCCUGMGCUGGAYGAGAUCGACCACCUGAGCUGGUCCGKGGUCCAGAAGGUUCUGGAGACCAAGCRRGACUUCUCCCAUUGGUUYGUUGUGUUGGACGACACCCCSUGGGAGACCACGCCACACAUAGACAACAUGGAGGACGAGAGGAUUCCCCAGGAUCUCCUGGAGACUCCUGUGGCCGAGACGAUUUACGAGAGCCACCUGGAGCACCUGARAAAYGAGCGCAAAMRGGCGGAGAUGARGUGGGAGUUYAAGGARAAGCUCAGUGCCUCUCCCUUYAUCACAGCAGGCAAGCCCUGGGAGGAGGCACGCAGCUUCAUCAUGAAUGAAGACUUCUAUCAGUGGCUCGAGGAACCAGAGUACCUAGACAUCUACAACAGGCACCAGAAGGAGAUCAUCGACCGAGCCAAGGAGGACUUCCAGGAGCUGCUGCUGGAGUACUCAGAGCUCUUCUAUGAGCUGGAGGUAGACGCCAAGCCCAGUAAGGAGAAGAUGGGGGCCAUCCAGGAGGUGUUAGGGGAGGAGCAGAGGUUCAAGGCACUGCAGAAGUUGCAGGCAGAGAGGGACGCUUUGGUUCUCAAGCAUAUCCACUUUGUCUACCACCCCACCAAGGAGACCUGCCCAAAUAGCCCACACUGUGUGGACUGUAAGAUYGAACAGGUUCUAGCCUCCAAGUUCCCCACUCGAUACUCCUUCUUCGAGAGCCAUAAACCCGGCGACGGGAACGCAGAUCGGAUWAACCUGGUYAUUCUGGGUAAAGAYGGCCURGGUAGAGAACUGGCYAAUGAGAUCAGGGCUUUGUGCACYAAUGAYGACCGGUACGUGCUGGAUGGGAAAAUGUAUGAGUUGUCCCUCCGGCCCAUAGAGGGUAACGUGCGUCUGCCGGUCAAUUCCUUCCACACGCCUACCUUCACCCCCCAUGGCGUACUGUGUCUCUACAACUCUAAGGAGUCACUAUCCUACAUUGUGGAGAGCAUUGAGAAGCUCAGAGAGUCCACGCUAGGCCGAAGGGAAAACAGUCUAUUUCAGCUACCUAUGAACCUGCUCCUAGUCACCAAACGGGGAGUAGGGUCCGUCAGGGACAUUGGGGGGGAAACGGCCCACACGCUUAUCCUCCAGGGGCAGCAGGUGGCUGGGAAGCUACAGUGUGGUUACCUAGACCCCGCCUCCCCUGGGGUGGGCUAUGGACGCAAUGUGAACGAAAAGCAGAUCAACCAGGUGUUAAAAGGUCUGUUAGAAUGCCGUAGGCCCCCUGGGAGCAUAGGCAGCAGCUCCCCUCCUUUACCCCCUUCCUUCAGAGACUCUCACUCCCAGCCCAUCCCCGAGACAGACCUGCGGAUAGUCAUGUGCCUGAUGUGUGGGGACGAUUAUGACGUGGAGCAGCUCCUYUCGCCUCUCCUGCUGCCCCAGCACUGUCGGCCGGCCUCCAGCCUGAGCAGUGGMACGUCCGUGCUCCUAGAGCUCACRGUGGGGGCYCAGAGGCACACCAUCGACCUYUCCCUGCUCUCCUUCCACUCCUCAUUUGCCCUACGGAAGAGCCGGCUGGUGCACGGCUACAUUGCYGUGUAUUCKGCCAGGCGCAAGGCGUCCAUGGAGACCCUGUGUGCGUUCCUGUGCGARGUGCAGGACAUCAUCCCCGUGCAGYUGCUKGCRGUGGKGGAGAGYCAGGCUGAGCUGUCGGACUCYGARGYGGCCAGGGAGCAGGUGAGCCAGGGGGAGGAGCUGGCCCGGGAGAUCGAGGCCAGGUUUAACACAGURGUGUGUGGGCCYGGAGGGGUGGUGGGAGGMCUGCACAGGAUAGACCUCUUCCAGCCCUUCCUGAAGGAGGUUGUGGAGAAACGCACCAUAGUGGAGGCCACACACAUGUACGAUAAUGUAGCAGAGGCCUGCACCACUGAGAGYAUGAGCCCGGCCCGCUGCAAUUCCCCCAGCCCCAUCAACACCCUGCUAGACUCUGAGGAGGAYGUGGAGCCCUCGCCYCCCUACCCYGAYGKUACCCYCACCUCCCACCUGGGGGGYUUCAAGCUCCCYGACCUGGAGUCCAGCGACGCCUUCUCRGUCAUCUCCGAGAUCAGCACCUUCGAGAGYAAGCUCAACAACAAGGUSCCCCCSCAGGURCGGCCCAAGCCCMCCRUACGGAAAGUCAACCUGGGGCCCUACAUGGACCAGCAAGGGACCAACCGCCGCUCCUUACCCCCUGCUGUCACCUGGGCGCCGGGCAGYGACGGUGGCUACGACCCCUCGGACUACGCCGAGCCCGUGGAUGCCGUGACCAAACAGAGGCCCACAGAGGAGGAGAGCAUCUACUCGGUGCCCCAUGACAGCACUCAGGGCAAGAUCAUCACCAUCCGCAACGCCAACAAGCAUUCUAACGGCGGGGGCAAUGGCUCGGAUAGUGAGGCUGACAGCAGCUCCCUGGAGCGGAGGCGGAAGAUGUCUGCUCUGGGGGUGAAGCCGCGGCUGUACCGCGACCGCUCGAAACGCCUGGGCAAGUUCAGCAGCUUCCGCACUAGCUUCUCCAUCGGCAGUGACGACGAGCUGGGGCCGCCCAAAGCACCAGAGGAGCUGGGCGGGGCGCACAAAGGGGACAACUCCAUUAACGAGGAGGGCGAGGACCCCAAGAGAAGGAACAUCCUCAGAAGCCUGCGCAGAAACACCAAGAAACCGCGGCCCAAGCCCAGGCAUUCCUUAUCCAAAGUAGAAAGCAACUACUUUGGCGUGCCAUUGGCCAGCGUGGUGACACCUGACCGACCCAUCCCGCUCUUCAUCGACAAGUGCAUCCGAUAUAUCGAGGCAACAGGUAUCACUACAGAAGGGAUCUACAGGGUGAGUGGGAACAAGUCAGAGAUGGAGAGCAUGCAGAGGCAGUUUGACCAGGACCAUAACCUGGACCUGGGGAAGGACUUCACUAUCAACACGGUGGCCGGGGCCAUGAAGGCCUUUUUCUCUGAGCUGCCAGAACCCCUGGUGCCCUACAGCCAUCAGAUCGAACUGGUGGAGGCCUUCAAGAUCAACGACAGGGAUCAGCGGGUUCACGCCAUGAAGGACAUCCUGCGCCGCUUCCCCAGGGAGAACUACGAUGUCUUCAAAUACGUCAUCAAUCACUUGAACAAGGUGAGCCAGAAUAACCGUUUGAACCUGAUGACCAGUGAGAAUCUGUCCAUCUGUUUUUGGCCCACUCUGAUGCGGCCCGACUUCACAACAAUGGACGCCCUGACGGCCACGCGGACCUACCAGACAAUCAUCGAGUCCUUCAUCCACCAGUGUGCUUUCUUCUUCUACAAUCAGCCCCUGUCUGACACCCCUGGCGGGCACGCCUCCCCCACCGCCACCCUCUCCUCCCACGGAGGAACCUCGGCCUACUCCUCCUUGGCGUACAACUCUCCCUCCCUCACACCGGCCCCGGCCCCUUACGUUAUGCCCGCCACGCCGCCCGUCAUCCCACACUACGGGCCGCCCCAUACCCAGAGCCAGCAUUCCCCGCCCCACACCCCCCAGUCCCCCAUCCAGGCCCUACUGCCCCCCCUGCACCCCCAUCACCCCCCCACGGAACAACACAUGCUGUGAACCAGUGAUGGAAGGAAAGAGAGAUUUGAGAGUGAGAUGGAAAGAGUUUGCGUUUCAGAGGUAUGAGGGAGCGGUGAGAGAAGGAAUGUAAGUGGACGAGAUUUUGAAGGGGUGGUGAGAAGUAUGGAGGGAACGAGAGGAGAGUGAGUUUGAGAGACAGGGAAAGCGAACGAGAAGAUGAGGGGGUGAGUGAGAUGCAGUACAUAUAGGGAAAAACUGUUGGGAGAGGGGGUUAUCCAACCCCCAUUUGCGUUUUAAAGAUAUAUAUAUACACACACACACACACACACACACACACACUACGCACGGAAGGGGGUGGGAAAGAGAAACUUUUGAGCCACUAGUACAACAUGUGUCUUCCCGUACCACUGUAGUCUCUUGACUCUUCUCCCUCUACCAUUUCUUCUGCCCCCUUCUCCACUGCCUUAGCGAGUACCUCCCUCUUUCCCCAUCCAACAAACACCACGUGUACAUGUCCCUCCCCAACCAUAAGGGACCUCAGAACUGCUGACCGUUGCCAGGCAGGGUAUCUUGUGGGAGGACAUUGAACUAUAUGGACCUCCUAGCUGGACUCUAAAACCACUGCCCAGCGCCCCACCUUUCUCACCCCCACCACUCCUCACCGCGAUGGGGCUGUGGUUUGCCAGGGACUGCCCUGUCCUCCCAGGUUGAUCCUGGGUCCAGGUGGAGGGAGGACCUGACCAGUAGCUUCUCUAUGUUUAUUUGACCACUGUUACAAGGAAAUGGACUAGAGGCAUGCUUCACCUCUCCCCCAUGGACUAGCGUCCACUUCAAUAGACUCAUUCCUAACCCCACCACCCCCUCCGCUUCAGUGUCUGCUACAGCCAGAGAUAACGCCAAGAACAAAAGUCUCAACUAACUGGAUCUGCAGGGAGGCUGGAGCACGGAACUUUGGGUGCUCUCACACCCUCGGCAUCUUGGGAGAUCUCCUCCGUUCAUUUCUGUCUCCUCUGACCCCAUGCCCCCGAGCCUACAAGCAACGCUGAGAGACGUUUUUCUUUUGAUUAAAGAGGAUAUCUUUACUCCCAUUUCUUCCGGAUGUUUAAUGUUGUUCCACCCCUUCCUUUCUCUUUCCCCCUUAUGCUUCCAUUUAGAUUUUCAAACUGUGGAUCAGUUUUGGAGAGUGCUCCGUUGAUGACUGACCGAUCAGCAUGCACUCUCACACAGCAAGUCCCUCCUGUCAGAUGUCCAUGCUUACUUCUCAUUGGCCCUUCUGCUUUCUGUGAAGGGCGGGAAUAACUGGCAGGGAGAAUUAGGAGGGAUAAGGAUAGGGAUCGGGAAGGGGUGGGGUGGGAUUCAGGGAUGCACUUUACGGACUCUGAAAAGCAUUUAGGGCUCUUCGACACGGAAUACAGAGAGGAACAGCCAUAACGAUUCCCUUAAGGAUCCCAGGAGGCAUUGGGAAGUGGUUGCAGGGAAUUCCCUCUUCCUCCUGUUACCCAUGAGGGGUUUGAAAGCCUGGAGAGACAUGGGAGCAUGACCUGUGUGUGUGUCUGUGUGUGUGUGUGUGCGUGUGUGUGCACAUGCUUCUAAUAUGGUAGAGAGCCGGAGAAUCAUUAGUGUAGAGCUCUCUGAAGUUUAUUGAGAUUGAGAGACUGCAGAGCACUUUUGGGAGCCUCUUUAGUGAGAAGUGCGACAAAACACUUUCUCACCACGUCUAAUGCGUUGUGAAGUCAUGUAGCCACCUCUCUGAGAACACACCAUUGCCAUCUGGUGGACAACAUAGUUACUGCAGCUAUGACCUCACCCACCACUGCAUGGGCGGAACACCCCCCCCCCCCCUUUGGGUGUAACAUUAGGUCUUUCUACAUGCGUAAUCCCUCAUUCACCUAUUGAAUGUCAAAUGGACAUUGAGUCCAAUAGGAAUUCAUUGUAUAUAACGUAAAUGGAGAGUCUAUACUAUGAAAGCCAUUUUAACUGCGUUGAGAUUAGCCUGUGGAUGAGGAUCAUAUCUGUUGUGUUGCUAGGGUGCCAGCACUUUGCUACUGAUGUAUAUCCUCUCCAGAGUGUGGUGUUGGAGGAGUGUAUGAUAACAUUUCAUGUCAGCUGUCCGUGUUACAGACAUUCCAGUGACUAGUAUAGUGUCCAGCUGUGCUCUGCUAGUUGGCGGUAUGUGGUGAUGUGUAGUCAUGUGUUUUUGUACUGAGGCUGGCUCAGGAUAGCUGUUCAGAUUCAUUCAGCUGACUAUGACCGGGAAGGACAGGAGAUGAGGAAGCUCGUUCAGAGUAUUGAAACGUAGCCAGUGGUGUUGAUAGUCCCUCAAUGCCAUCCUGUGUUUAUUGGUGUACCACUUCCUGGUUGGCACCACUUGGUACCCCUGCCCUCUUUUGAAACGGCACCGUUCCCUGGUCCAGAGAGGCGCUCCGGAAUGGAGCAGAACAGACCAUCUAUUCAUCUGUGUUGAUGACUGCGGAAUUCCAUGGUUCUGUCUGUGGUUGUCAUAGAAACCUGUUUGAUCGCUAGUGUGUGUGUGUAACGUGCGUGCGAGCACACACAGAGUGAAACCAAGGUCAUGUAAUUUGUUUCAUUUUGACCCUCCGCUUUACACACUCAUGCCUGUCUCCACCUCUCUCCAGUUCCCAUUUGUCUUGACUGACAGGCCUCCCUUCCAGUCACUGGAGUUAUACCCUGACGCCAACCCAAUGACCUGUCAUGCACUACCUAUAUGACGUUUGUUUGUCUGUGUUAAGGACUGAUGUCAUUUGAGCUGUCAACAGUAGCCAGACAUCAGUGUAAACUCAAGACUUAAGAAAGACCAUGUCGCUUAUAGUGGAGAAUGUAUUUAUCCUCACGGUCAUUACCCCACAUAAUGUAAACUGAACCUGACCACAGUUAUCCCCUUAGUUACUUAUAGGUUUACUUUUCACAGAUGGAAAGUGAGUCAGUGAGAGAGAGAGAGGUGAAUGGAAUCAUUAUUUGGGAGAUGGAAGGGGGGAUGGUGCAAACUCUGGUACUUUUGAAUGCCGGCCAGUGGCAUUCCCUGUGUAUAUCAAUGUGUUAAUACUGAACAGACUGUGAGGCAGCCAAAGACUGUGCAACAAAAAAAAAAAGGGUGGGGGAGAGAGGAAGCAAAGCGACAAAUGGAGAGAAGAAAAAAAGCAAUCGUAUUAAAAAUGUGACUUUGGUUCUGCGAUCUUGUGGCUGCGUGGCUUUUCUUUAUUCUUUAUUCUUUGCAACAAUGGUGAGAGAUGGUCUGUUAAGUUAAAGUGAGAAACAAGCAAACUAUAUUCAAAUGGUUGUUUAUUUGUAUGUUAGGGGGUCUAACACUUUGCCCUUUAGUCAACGGUGAUAGAAUUGUUUUUCUUUUAAUAAUAAAAAAAAAACAAUGUUUUUUUUAACAAUUUUGUGAAUGGUGAAGAGACCAGCCCGGUAUAGUGCAUGAUAUUUGCCCAGGCAAGGGAGGGGGCUCGACCAUUCUCAGUAUUUAAGAGAAGAAGAUUAAAAAACAAUGAAAUAAUGGGAAAAAGUUAACCUGUAUAAAAGAUAAAAUGAAGUAAACUGAAAAAAUACGUCAACACAAAAAAAUGCUGUCAUUAUUUGCUAAGAGUAUGGUAAUUUGUCUCAAUAGGAAUGGUGUAUACAGCAAGGCCUUAUGUGACCUGUAUUCUAGUUAAUAAAUCAAUCUUGUAAAA